AUGUUCCCUUGGAAUCACGUUCCGAAUAUUCUCCCCCUUUCUAAGGAUUCUCCAUCAACAGCUAGCUCACGUACUUUCCCAUCUCGAAUCUCAUCAUUGCGCCGCCCUUCCAACCCAGCGGAAAACCGUAAAACGAUAGCCUCGGUCCCUCUUCCGGACCGUGUAUCCAAAUGGUUCUUCCAAGAGAAGGGCUAUCCUCCUCCACCAGUCUCCCUCGCGGGUGAAAAUGGGUUUGAAUGGGAACGAACUCGCACUCUCAGCGGUACUACGGUCGGAUCUACUGUUACCACGAUCACCGGUGGUGCUGAACACCGACAUACCAAUGCUUCAGUCUCCAGUACCUUCACCAAUCCUUUUGCGCCUGGGGUGUCGAUGCACAGUCCAUCAAUCAGCAUCGACAAAAGUAUCGAAUCCGGUGCUUACCGCCCGGCAGUCUAUGAAAAUCGACCUAAGAGUCAUGCUCUCUCGUCACACCCAGUUGACCAAUCUCGACUCAAUGAAUCGACCAUCGGCUUGGCUUUCUAG